CAGGCGGCGUGCAGAGACGUUUGUACACACAUACAUGUAGUCAUAACUGGUUUACAAGAUGGCAAGCUCGCAAGAAAAUGUCGGGAUAAUUGGAAGUGGCCUGAUAGGAAGGAGUUGGGCGAUGCUUUUCGCCGCAGCCGGGUACCGUGUGACGGUUUACGACAUCGAAAUACGACAGCUGGAGAAUGCUGUAAGUGACAUCAAGAUGCAGCUAGGGGAUCUGGAGAGGCAGGGGCUCCUGCGGGGAACUCUGAGCGCAGAUCAACAAUUCCAGAAUAUUCGCACCACGACGAAUUUCGCCGAUGCAGUCAAAGAUGUGAUGUAUAUACAGGAAUGCGUUCCUGAGCGUCUGGACUUGAAGGCCUCUGUGUACGCCCAGGCAGACUCUCUCAUGAGCGACCGAUGCAUCCUCGCCUCUUCUGCUAGCGCCCUGCUGCCUUCCAAGCUGGCGGCGGGUAUCACGCACCGGAACAGGUUCAUCGUUGCACAUCCGACAAAUCCCCCGUUCUACGCCCCCCUGGUGGAGCUCAUCCCUAGUCCGUGGGCCGACCCAGACGUUGUCCCCACCACAAAUGCGAUAAUGGAGAAACUGGGUCAAGUGCCUGUUGUGCUCAAGAAAGAGAUCGAGGGAUUCGUACUCAACCGUAUCCAAUACAGCAUAAUGCGAGAGGCAUGGGGUCUAAUCAAGGACGGCGUUAUUGACGUGGACGGCGUGGAUAAGGUGAUGAGCGCCGGUCUGGGUCGCCGCUACGCCUUCAUGGGACCCUUCGAGACCGCCUACCUGAACGCCGACGUUUGUCCUGUGUGUACGUUACGCUUACGGUAUGAAUGGUAUGUAUGUAUACGCCGAGCGGUAUGCGGCUAUGAUCGAGGGAGUCAUGAAUACCCUGAAGCCGACAUCAACGUUUGGUGGCCCGGUGCUCGAUCAGAUUCAACAGGAGCUUGAGGCACGAAUUCCUCUAGACGAUUUACAGAAGCGGCGUCAGUGGCGAGACAAGCGUCUGGCAGCACUGAGCCAGCUUAACAAGCGUCUGGAUGGGGAAGACGACGCAUGAAUGCAGACACAAAAAUGGCUUUUAAUCAUUGUUAGCAAUAUCUAAGAGAAACUUUGUUUCCAUGUUUCAGAAAUAAAGUUUUAAAGUGGUAUAAA